GCAUCCGAAGUUCAUCAUCCUGUAUUGUUUCUUAUGCUGUCUUAAGUACCACUGGCUUCAUGGCUAAGGUGAACCUCACUUUGGUGACAGAGUUCCUCCUCAUAGCAUUCACUGACCAUCCAGAAUGGGGGCUCCCUCUUUUCCACCUGUUUUUAUUUAUCUAUCUCUUCACUUUGCUGGGGAACUCAGGCAUGAUUGUUUUGAUCCGCAUGGAUCGCAGGCUCCACACCCCAAUGUACUUCCUUCUAAGCCACCUCUCUUUCAUGGAUAUCUGUUACUCCUCUGUCACUGUUCCUCAGUCAAUGGCUGUGCUGUUGGAGCAUGGGGCAGCUUUAUCCUAUGCACGCUGUGUUGCUCAGUUUUUCCUGUUUACUUUUUUUGGAUCCAUCGAUUGCUACCUCUUGGCUCUCAUGGCCUACGACCGCUAUGUGGCCGUGUGCCAACCUUUGCUUUAUGUCACCAUUAUGACACAGAAAGCCCUUCUAAGUUUUGUGGCUGGGGCUUACACUGCUGGCCUCCUCAGUGCCUUGGUGAGGACAAUCUCAGCAUUCACCCUCUCUUUUUGUGGAAACAACGAGAUUGACUUUAUUUUCUGUGACCUUCCUCCUCUGUUAAAGCUAACCUGUGGCGAGAGCUAUAUCCAGGAACUGGUGAUUAUUGUAUUUGCCAUUUUUGUCAUCCCUGCUUGCAUGGUGGUGAUUGUGGUUUCCUACCUGUUCAUCAUUGUGGCCAUUCUGAGGAUCCCUUCAGCAGGAGGCCGGGCCAAGACCUUCUCAACAUGUGCUUCCCACCUCACCGCAGUGUCACUCUUCUUUGGCACUCUCAUUUUCAUGUACCUGAGAGAUAACUCUGGCCAGGCCUCAGAAAAGGAUCGAGUUGUUUCUGUGUUCUACACAACAGUAAUUCCCAUGUUGAAUCCCCUCAUCUACAGCCUGAGGAACAAGGAAGUGAAGGAAGCACUAAAAAAUUUUCUCAAUAGAGUGAAGACUUCCUAACACCUUCCCACCUUGCGA